GUACUGUGUAAACACGUGCUGGCUGCGGGAUCAAACGCGACUUGCUUACGUGGACCCCGCGGGCCGCCGGGAUUGUUGGGACCUAAAGGAGACAAAGGAGACUCAGUUGUAGGCCCACAGGGCCCGAGAGGAAGAGUGGGAUACUCAGGGCGAGAUGGAGGUAAGCGACUUACCAAAGGUUUAGUUUACUGAAAUAGUUGCAAUGCUGCAGGCUUGCACAGACAUUUUUCUGACCAUCUAAUACUUGAAAACUUGAACUAAGGCCACUUCUCUCGGCUUGCUUGUGAUUUCCGUGUCUCAAUGUCAUGUUUCCCCAGACAACUGAAAACUACACUCCUUCCCUGAGCUUGGAUUCGUGUCCAUGUAGUUGUGUGGUUUUAAUCGCGAAUAUCUCCAGUUUUAGGUUUCUGAGCCGCUUUUUCCAGUUCCCGUGAGAGCUGAGUGAGUCCCCCAUGAGAGGGAGAAUUUUUUAUGACUGCCCAGAUAUCGUUACGGAUGAGUUAUUUAAUAUUUGUUUUGACAGUGAAAGGAAAGAAAGGUGCACGCGGGGAAUGGGACCAAAGGGUUCUCGAGGUCGACCGGGACGACCUGGGCCAGCAGUAUUCUUUGAUUCUGAAGAAAUUGUGAUCACUGUCAAGGGACAAAAGGUAAGGUCCAUGAUAGUGAAUGAUGCAGGAAAGACGUUUGGAGAUGUUUUGAUUUGUCGUAACACUUCUCCACGCAGAGCAACAGGAUGUGCAAAUCUUCUCACUGCCUGCUCUUUUUCUAGGGAGAACCGGGACCUGAGUAUACAUUUGUAAAAGAAAUAAACUGCGAUAAGGUAAUCAGUGUCAGUUUGUGCUUAAGUGACUCGGCAAUGGAUUCUGUGUUCUUCUCUGUAAAGUUGUUUUACGGUUUGUGUAUUAAAAUUAAGUUAUGUAUGUCGUUGUACCUGCAAUGACUCGAUGUCCAACUUGAACUAAGGCCCCGUAAGCGAAAGUGUCUUUAGUGUUCGAGUUUUUCGCGACAAAAAUUUUUCCUCUGUAUGUUUCUUCCACAGGAUAAAUGUGACCAGUACAUCCAAGGUCCAAAAGGGGAACCCGGGCAAAACGGUAACCGGGGUGCGCCGGGAACUGUGGGGUUACCUGGUCCGCCGGGAACCCCGGGAAAACCUGGAGUGAUACUUGAUCCAGAGACAGGAUUGGUGAGUUCCACAGAAAACUCUGCAAACUUAGGAAUCUCUCCUAUCGGCGCCGAAAAAUUUCUUUGUUACGUACCUCAGUGAAGUAGAACUUUAGAUCGCAAAGUCUGAAGAUCUGUUUAGUCAACCAUAUGGGACAAAGACUUUUUCUUACGCUCGGUUCAGAACGAAAAACAUCUCUUUAUUUAGGUUUUUAAGUCUUCCUUUCUAUUGACGUUGACAAGAAAAAAGAUUAUAAAGGAAGUUGAAGACGAACUUUGGUCUUUUGUUUGAAGACAGACAAACCAUACGAGAAACCAGUCCAUACAAUCUGAUAUUCAGUUAGUUAAAAGACUUCCAAACCUGAUGUGACACUUAAGUUCUGUCUUUUUGUUAUUGGGCGUCAAUAAAAACACAACAUACAAGGACAUAAUUGAAUAUUUAAUGAUUUACUUGGCAUGUAAUUCGGCCCAACAGUAGCUUUUAUUAAUUUUUUUUUCUUGUAGCCUGUUGAUCCUCCGAAGGGUGAAAGAGGAUACCCAGGAAUGGACGGGAUGGACGGACAGAAGGUUUGUUUAUCAGUGUGAGGAGGAAUAGUUUUGAGUUCACUUAGGUUCUUGUGUUCACAGAUUGUGGUUGCCAAGGUCUACAGACAAAACUAUAGAUACCAAUGCAAGGGCGUAGGUAGGGUAUGAGUUCCUGGGAUGUCGGUGACCCCCCUUUGUAAGCCUUUUUUCACAUCAAUUAAAGCACGGUGUGGAGGUCGACAUGACAAUCUGGUGAGUACCCUCUAUUUGAAAUAGUGUGAUCCCCCUUUGAAAAGUCCUGGCUACGCCCUUGCAAUGUGCGCCAUGUCCUCGAACUUUGUCCAUGAAACCUUGAGUGUCCGUGAGUUUAUGAAAUAUGGUGUAAAUGUCUACAUUUUGUGUUUUGAAUAUUUUGAAAAUACAGCUAUUUAUGAGACGUUUGAUUCACGGUUUUCACUUUCAGCCUUUAAAUUUAAUCCGCUCGUUUAAUUCACAAUUUUAAUUUAUCUCGUUGUUGUAUUUAGGGAGAGCCCGGACCGGAAGGACAGCGAGGAGUAGUGGGUCCCCCUGGACCAAAGGUAAUUUUAGCGAUGGUUCAUGCGUCAGCUGCGCGUUCGGCGAAAUAUGAAGCUCGCGGAAAAUAUGGAAAGCACGAAGUAUGCAGAAGAGUUACUGGAGGGGUGACAGGGGCAACUCUAUCUUCUUGAAUAUGAUUCAUUUGGCAUAAGUGAGUUUGUAUGAUAGUUUCGGAAUCAUGUAUCAGCUUGAAUAAAACCACAACAUAUAAGUUCGGUAAGAAAGGAAAACAUAACAGAGGCAGCAGUGAACCAAUGGAACACAGAUGGUGAAUUGUGAAUUUUUAGAAAAAAGGCUUAAUUUUUGAAGAUGCUGUAACAGUGAAGAUAACGAACAUUUUUUAUCACAAUCAAAGAUUUUUUUUCUUUUUCAAGGGCGAAAGAGGGGUUACCGGAUUGAUAGGUUUUCCCGGAAUGACUGGGGAACCAGGACCUAUCGGACUUCCAGGCAUGGUGAGUUUUUCUGCUAAUGAAACAUAGUGUUUUUAUCAUGUCUUCGCCAUAGCAGAACCCGAGUGCAACUCAUGACUAUUGCAACUUUUUGUCUUUUGGCGAUUUGGGUACUUAAACUUUUAUGUGAGCUUUCCAGAGUUGGAUAUUUCAUAUUUCUGAGACAAAAGCCCCGUAGAGUACAGCUAUGUCAACGGACUUGUUAGCAAGGCAAUACAUAUGUAAAGAAUUAUUUAUAAUACAAUCUCGCAUUGCGAAUGUGCUUCAACGUGUAGGGUAUGCCAGGGCCACGAGGUACUCCGGGACGAGAUGGCUCGAAAGGAGAAACAGGCGAUAAGGUGAUCGUGUUUCGAACUUAAUCUUUCUUUAACGAAGGAAAGUGAUUUUAGCCGUUGCAUCGACUAAACACUCUUGACUGAAUUAAAACGAAAAAUGUAAUCUUUAUCUCUUACACUUAGGGUCAAAUGGGCGAUCGAGGUAUUCAGGGUCCAAAAGGAAUGGAUGGUCCAAUGGUAAGUCACAGCCGGUUAAUAAUUAAUGAUAUCACUAUGAAGUUUUUCGGUAUUUCAUUCGGAUCUUGAGAGGUAUAUCGAUUUAACCGAAGGAAGCCUUGAGAUAGCACCAAUUGACUGAUUGAUAUAGAUGAGUUGAUUUUUAAUAUAACUCAUGCGUGAAAAGAGAUCAUUGAAUCUCAUGGACUUUAACUGCUCUUUGAAGCUUACAGUUUUCCUCGAGCUUCCCUCUCGGAAAACUGCUCGCUUCUUGGAAACAGGUAAUGGUUGUGGACAAAUAUCCGAUCAUGUUUUCGCGCCAAAUGGAGGUUGUUGUUUCUAAAACUGAUAUGUUGUCUGAUAACAGGGAGAUGAUGGAGUUCCAGGACCCCCGGGACCGAAGGUAAGUCACGUCAUUACACGAAAAAACUCAAGAGCUAACGAAUUCACAAACUCCCAACUACCAAGCAAACGAAAACAAGAACUCACUAAUAGCGAAGUUAUGAACCAACGAAUCAACGAAUUAACGAACCAACGAACUGAUAAACAAACAAAACAACAAACAAACAAACAAAACAACAAACAAACAAACAAGCCAACAAAGAAACUAACGAACCAAAAAACAGCUAGUGAAGUGGCGCACUUGCGCGCUAACGAAUUAACGAAGUAACGAACUAAAAAACGAACAUGCGAAGUAGCGCACUAGCGAAGUAGCGCACUAGCGAACUAACGAACUAACGAACCAAAAGACUAACAAGUGAAAUAGAACAUUAGGGCGCUUAUUAACAAACGAACUAAAAAACAUACGGGCGAAGAAGCGCAUUGGCGCGCUAACGAACAAAUGAACUAAGGAACCAACAAACUAACUUGCUAGCGCACUAGCGCAUUAACACGCGAACGAACUAACAAACCAAAACAGGUUAUCAGCGAACGAGUUAUCAAUCUAACGAAGAAAUGCAUGAAGGAUUUCUGAAUGUGUGCCUAGCAUAUUAACUUUUCGGGCUUUUGCAUCGUGCAGAUUGCUAUUGAAACACACGUUGGCGGUCUUUAUCGGUUAAGUGAAUCCUGAACUUGCAGGGCUCUAAAGGGAACAGCAUUAUGGGCCCACCAGGUCCGCCAGGACCACCGGGGUCCAAAGGGGAUGCGUCCAUGAUGGAGGUGAUUCUUAGACCCGAGAAAGGAGACCAAGGAGCUCCGGGUCCACCAGGACCCCCAGGGGAUUCAGGUGCAUUUGAGGGCAUUAAGGGAGAACCUGGACAAGCUGGGGAACCUGGAGCGAAGGGUGAAAGAGGAGUUGAUGGAAGGAAUGGAACUAAAGGACAGAAGGGAGAUGCUGGUACCUCCCCUGGGCCUCAAGGUACAUGAGCUACUCUGGAGUCAUAUUCUAACCUAAUGUUAUUUUGAAGAAGUAAUUGAGGCUUUUGAAAGGAACUUGGUAAAAUUCACGAUGUCUUGUAGGUUUGCAAACUUGAAUCAGGAAUAUCACUAUUGCCCUCGCAAUUUUGAUAUAUGUGGUGAAGAACUAUGUUUUUAUUACUCCUUUUUUUCUUUCUAUUUUUUUGAGUAAAUGAACCCAAUAACUGGGUCGCAAUUUUUGUGACGAUUUCUAUGCUUUUCACAGAAUAAAACGAAUUCACUCUUUUUGCAUUAAUUCCGAUGUCAUACAUCAAAUUUUUGUGUGCGCUGCAAUUAAGCGAAUACCUGCCAGUGUAAUGUUUCCUUCUCUCUAUCUUCAGGUGCCAAAGGAGAAAAAGGCGAGAGUGGAGAUUCUUGUAAUUGUAACUUUACCAAAGGGGACAUCGGACCCAUGGGUCCUCAGGGACCCCCCGGUCUUCCUGGGUUGCCGGGCAACAAUGGAAAGAAUGAAAGCGGGGAGCCAGGAGACAAGGGGGAGCCUGGGCCAAAAGGAGAAAAGGUUCGACUUUGAUUUAUCCAUCACUUAAUUUUCAUUAAAAUUUGUUGAAAAAUAGCACUAUGGCCUUCUAGAACGAAAAAAUUACUCGUUUAUAAGGACACAAAGUAGAAAACAGAAGUUACUGCAGGAGUUCUGCACUUCUAAAAUGUUUCUCGCGGUUAAAUGUAGACGUCAAUAUUAUUUUUGCUGCUCUCGAGUUUUUUGUUUGUUUUGACCUCGCAGCAUUUUGAGAGUGUUUUGGUUCUGUUUUUUGCCCCCAGGGUAAACCUGGGUCUUUAGGCUUUCCUGGAAUGAGAGGAAAAAAAGGAUCACAGGUCAGUAUAUAACGUGUCACCUUCAAAGUACAAUGUUGGAAUGUCGCCGUUGUCAUGUUUACUUUGUGAUUUUUUGUCAGGGAGAAGAAGGACCGCAAGGGCCUGUGGGGGAUCCCGGAGAGAGGGGUCAGAAAGGAGAACUGGUAAAUGAUCCUGAUUACAACAAAUAGAAGACGGAAAUUUAGUCUUGAUUUGUUUAAAGGAUUGAGCUAUCGACCUAUAACUUUUAAAGCUGCAAAUGUCUGUGUCAAAACGUUUUCAUAGUUAUUUAUUAUAUUCAGUUACGAAUUAGAAUAAUGCUGCUUCCUUACGCGAACUCAACCUUAAAUUUUCAAAGAAAAUCAGACGAUUGAAAAGGCAAGAAUCCUUAUUUUACUCGCGAUCAAGGUUUAAAUUAAACUGUUUCAAGGUUUAAAUUAGACCUCGUUCCAAGGGUUCUCUAAUGCAACAAUAAAGGGCAGAAAGAGGAGGGACCCUGGGAAAGAGAUUUGGACUAAUCCAUCUUUUCAUAACUUCCGACGGGUUUUUUCUCUUCCCACAGGGCUCUCAAGGAGAAAACGGUUUGAAAGGAGAAAAGGUGAGCCCGCUCAUUCAGUUAUUAAAACUCAAGGCAAAGGUCUUCUCCUAAUAAGCCUGGAUGAUGAUCCUCGCAAAUGUUGAUUUCACUCCAUAUGCCAGUCUGAUGACUUUUUUAAAAACUGACGAUGUCACAAAGCUACACAGUUUAAAAAAGACCGCCUCUGUUGCCCCAAAAAAUUUCACUUAACCUGGAAUUGAGGAAAACGUUUCCGUUUGAGUCACGCGUUACACUGGUUUUGUCCUCUGUCUUUCUCAGGGAGAUCAAGGCGUUGGACUCAAAGGUGAAGCAGGGGAGCCUGGUGAGACUGGUCCGCAGGGCCCACCAGGACCUCCCGGUCCAACCGUCCCAGCAAUUACCGAAAAGGUAGAUAGACUGCAAGAGUGUUAACUUCAUUCCAAAAAAGAGCGCUGUGUAUGCUACGUGUUUUCUGAUGCACAAAGCUUGAUUUUUCUUCCAGGGAAGCAAGGGAGAGCAAGGAAAUAACGGUUCUCAAGGAGAACGAGGACCGCAGGUGACACAGGACUUAUAGCUGUUCAUUGUAACAAGAUUCAAUGAUUUAUUCAACCUUAUUACAGUGUAUUUUUAACAUUUAACCGGUACUUUUUGUUUUGUUUUUGUUGUUGUUUUUUUUGCAGGGAGAAAAAGGCGAGCAAGGGAGUAUUGGUUUUCCUGGUAGAAAGGUGGGUAACAUAAAGUGUGUUAUUGAUCGCGUCAUCGUAUAUCUUUCCUCUGAAUGACAAGCUCAGCAUUGCAUCCUAUGAAUAUUUGCUUUGUAGGGUGCCACAGGACGACCAGGCCCGAUUGGAUUUCCUGGUAAGAAAGGUGAUCCAGGUGCUCAAGGUCCCAACGGUGAGGUGAGCAACCCCUAUAGAUCUGGAAAAAAUUGGUCAGUUUUUGCGUGAUUUCAUUGUCAUCACUACAUCAGCCUCCCUGCUACUUCAAUUAGUCUGUACAACCAAAUGCUAGUGUAUAUUUCAAACCAGUUACUAUGUGAAACCCCUUUAUUAAACAACGCUCAUCCGUCGAAUUGUUUGUCCCUUCUUUUUUCUCUUAGAUCAUAAAAAAAGCAAUAUCUGUUAUUUCUCAUACCUAUUAGGGAGUGCCUGGAGCCCAGGGUCCCGCGGGACAAAAGGGUGAGACAGGAUUCAAAGGAGACCAGGUUUGAGUUCUGCCGUGUGUAUGAUUUUUAAGAUACAAAAUUUCUUGUUUGUAAUUCGUUGCUUGAGCCACGUGAUUGUUUUAGCGUCAGUUAUGAGCAACGAACAAAGCCAAAAGAGAAAUAUUAGUUUAGUUUUGCACCUGAUUGGUUGAGACUGACGAUAAAUAUUCUGAACCAAUAACAGGACGAGAAAAGAAAGAAAACCAAUAGAAUCCCAGAUUGAUUUUGAACUCAAUUGAGAAUUGCCAUAAAGGGGGCCAAGCAAAACUUGAGCUUUCUUUAGAAUAAAUUUACUUGUUGCAUUUUAAGCAGGUAGCGAGAACUGACUCUGCUUUGUUUUACUUAAUUUUUUCUCAGGGAAAACGCGGAACCAUUGGAUUUCCAGGUUUAAAGGGCAUAAAAGGCGCUAAGGUACGAUUUGGUUCCAGACCCUGAUCGGAUUCACUGUAUGAAUUACGAUAGUUGGCAUUGAUUCUUAUGAUAACUCCAUUUUAGUGAUACUAAUGAAGUUAUUGAAUGCCUUUCUAGGGUGAUGAGGGUAGGAAUGGCUCUGAUGGGCAGAAGGUAGGUUCAUACGGUCAGAUGGUCAGUCAGUUAGAAGGCCAUUAUUUCAUUCAUUCAUUCAUUCAUUCAUGCAUUCAUUAUUUCUACACUUACUCGCAAAGCAAAUUUUCUUAAUAUCAGGUGCAUUUACUUCUUAAGUCAGUUUAUUUAUGGCACAAAAAAUUGAUAGCGACGUCUAAUCAAGUAUCGGAAAUCACCUCUUUUUCAUUGUUAUUUACCUCUUUUUCAGGGGGAGCCUGGUGAAAGUAUCCAAGGACCACCUGGGCUUCCGGGGCCUCCGGGGCCCCCUGGUGUAACAACGGUAAGUGUGUCAAACUUGUUUGUCAAUUUUACCAUUAUUUUUCUUUUCUUUAAUUUCCUUUCUGUAUGAAAUUGGCAUCAAAUAAUACGUGUGUGAUGUUUUUUUUUUAACUUAGGAGACGAAUACUGGAGGAGAAUCAUCAGCUCAGAUUUCUGCACAAAAAGGCGACAAGGUGAACAGAACUUUUCAGUGGUAACUGAUGAGUAAAUAGGUUUGCUCAUCAGCGGAGUUGGGUUUAAAAAACUGAUUGAGUGAGGACUUUUGAAAAAAUGGGGCCGAUUGGAGAAAAAUCUGCGGACCGCUGAUUGGCAAAAAAAAAUAGUACUGGAUUGGGGAUUCUAGCAGAUAGUGGAUCACAUUGUUAAUCUUCGGUCGGCCUUGCUUGUUUUGUUGGUGCCUUGUAAACUUUGUUUACAGCUUUCGACAUUUACAGAAAGCUAGAAAAUGUCUCUAGACUCGUAAACCCCGGCGAUGUGGAAUUUCAAUUUUUUUUAAGCUGUAACGCUCUCAAGGAUUUGAUCGAUAUCGAAUAAAAAAAUGUUUUUUAUUUUGUUGAUCCAAGACUGAAAUAAGAGAGUUAUCUUUUCAGGGUGAUAUUGGAAGGAUUGGUUUUCCGGGCAAGAAAGGAGAAAAGGUAACAUUUAGUUUAAGAAACAUCCAUAUCAAAUGAAUAUCGGAGCCGAAGAAAAAUGAAAUCGUCGAUUUUUAUCUGUAUUCUCCUCUUUUCAUGGCCCAUUUGAUUGUUAUGAAGCUCCUAACGAUGUUCUUUUUGCGUUCAGGGGACCAUCGGGGAGCAAGGAAUCAAAGGAGAGAAAGGGGAAGUAGGACAGGACGGAAAAACCGGAAGAUUGGGAUUCCCAGGGAAAAAGGGAGACCCGGGGGAAAAGGUAGAUUUAUAAGAAGAAUUGUAAAAAUAAUUUGCUCCAUUGAGGGAUUGGUAUAACUCUUGUAUUAUUGUUUCUUUUUUGAAGGGAGAGCGUGGAUUUAAUGGAACGACAGGACCUCAGGUACGGAGGUUUGAAAUAUGAAUCUUUAAAUAACAUAGCAAAUGAUUGUAAAAAUUAAGAACUUAAUUAACUUCCUUUUUAUCCUCGAAUUUUUUAGGGAGAGGUUUAUUUUUAGGAUCAAUGUCAGUGUCAAUGAUUUGACCAAUAUUUUUGGUGAUCCAUCCUCGUCAUGGCGGUCAUGGCGGCUGCUCUGCGUUUACGUUUACGUUCCGCUGUUUGCUCCAUUGUAGUGUAUCUUUUGGUUAGUUUGAUAGUCUGUAAACUGGCCGAAUGUCCACAGAAACGAUCCAGAGAUGAAAGUUUAUCUAAACUGACGGCAGCAAAGACUGUGAACACAGUAAACAUCAAAGCAGUGAAACCACUUGGCGAUAAGCAAGUCAGCAAGAAGGCUCGUUCGCAAACAACGGGAAGUGUCAAACUUAUCAAUGCGAUGAAAUUAUUGAAUAUGGCACUAGCUGCAAACCUAAUUCUCCUGUCUAACGAUGUUUCACUAAAUCCUGGACCAACACAGCCCUCGCCAUCCUUGAUGAAAGGUCUUCGCUUAUUUCAUCUCAACAUUUGCAGCCUACGCAAUAAAAUGGACGAACUCAGACUUUUCUGCGACGAGCACAAACCGCACAUCGUGACAAUAAACGAGACUUGGCUUGAUGACUCGUUCACCGACGCGGAAAUAACUCUUCCUGGCUACAAUGUUAUGCGAAAAGACAGAGACGAAAAUGGUGGUGGCGUUGCGGUAUACAUAGCAGAGCAACUAAAUUACAGUCAGCUUGACGAAAGUGAAAUUCAAACACAGAACGACAACUUUGAAUCAAUUUGGUUUGAAGUAUGCCAGCCAAAAUCGAAGAAGAUUUUAUGCGGAGCAAUCUACAAAACACCAGAUGCUGACCCAGCGGCUUUUACUAGCCGGGUCGAAGAAAUUCUAAACAACGUUCUGACAAAUGAUGGUGAAAUUGUUCUU